AUGUCCGAAGUACCUCUGACUUCGAAGCGGUACAUCGACGGCAUCUACAUUCCAGCCGCCUUGUUGGUCUUCGGAACCUUCAUCGUCAAGAGAGACUGGGUGCCAUACGCUGCUUUGGUGGCCAUUACCCUAGGGAUGUGGAAAUAUUUCAGCUCGCAACCCAAGAAGGUCCUCGUACCAGACAAGUUCCAGCAGUUCGAGCUCAAGGAGAAGACCAUCAUCUCCCACAAUGUAGCAAUCUACCGAUUCUCUCUACCAACCUCCACCUCCAUCCUCGGCCUCCCUAUCGGCCAGCAUAUUUCAAUUGGUGCUGCUAUCGCUCAGCCUGAUGGCUCGACUAAGGAAAUCGUUCGGUCGUACACUCCCAUCUCUGGCGACCACCAGCCCGGCUACUUCGACCUCCUCAUCAAGUCCUACCCCACCGGAAACAUCUCCAAGCAUAUGGCUUCUCUGGCCGUUGGGCAAUCGAUCCAGGUAAAGGGACCAAAAGGUGCCUUUGUCUAUACUCCCAACAUGGUGCGACACUUCGGUAUGGUCGCGGGCGGUACUGGCAUCACGCCCAUGCUCCAGGUUGUCCGGGCUAUCAUUCGCGGACGGGCUGCUGACGACAAGACCGAGGUUGACUUGAUCUUCGCAAAUGUGACGACCCAGGAUAUACUGCUGAAGGAGGACCUCGAUGCCCUGGCCAAGGAGGACGCUGGAUUCAGAGUUCACUACGUUCUGGACAAGCCUCCUGAGGGAUGGACUGGUGGUGUUGGAUAUGUCACCCCUGACAUGAUCACUAAAUGGCUACCGAAAGCCGCAGACGACGUCAAGAUACUGCUCUGUGGUCCGCCACCAAUGAUCAGUGGACUGAAGAAGUCAACCGAGGCUCUUGGUUUCCAGAAAGCCCGUCCGGUCAGCAAACUGGAGGACCAAGUGUUUGCCUUCUAG